AUGUCUUAACUUCUCCCAUAAUCCCUCAAAAUCUUCAGAGUUUCAAACACGCUAAAAGCUAACAAGCAAAGCAAAAUCCCACCCCCAAACGCAAAAAGAAUCCCAAAGCAAAAGCAAAAGGCAACGGCCUUAAGACCAGCACAAACGUUCAGACUUUAUUCAUAUUAGUCUUCCUUCUAUUGAAAGAACCAUAAGUGUUGAAUUACCAGCAAACUAUAUUUGGGGUACCCGCAAAGGUUGGAGCUACAGGGAGAGGUCUAACCAGGUCUCUCAAUCAAAAGAGAGAGAUGGGCACUUUGACUGCUGCUCCUGUGCUUCCAUCGAAGCUAAAACAAUCUUCACUCUUUGAGCAGCAAAGCUCUCUCUUUCUUUAUAGAAGAUCUAGGCCCAAGCAAAAGAACCUUACUAUUGUUCCUGUAGCGAGGUUGUUUGGGCCUUCGAUAUUUGAAGCUUCAAAGCUGAAGGUACUGUUUUUAGGAGUGGAUGAAAAGAAACAUCCAGGGAAGCUUCCAAGGACCUAUACGCUUACACAUAGUGAUAUAACUUCUAAGCUCACUUUGGCUAUCUCACAGACAAUAAACAACUCUCAGUUGCAAGGGUGGUACAAUAGAUUGCAAAGAGAUGAAGUGGUGGCAGAGUGGAAGAAAGUAAAGGAAAAGAUGUCUCUUCAUGUUCAUUGUCAUAUAAGUGGAGGCCAUUUUCUUUUGGAUUUGUUUGCUAGACUAAGAUUCUUCAUCUUCUACAAAGAACUCCCUGUGGUUUUGAAGGCCUUUUUUCAUGGAGAUGGAAAUUUGUUCAACCACCACCCGGAAUUGCAGGACGCUUUGGUUUGGGUUUACUUUCACUCCAACGUCCCGGAAUUCAACAAAGUCGAAUGCUGGGGCCCACUCAAGGAAGCUGCAGCACCUACCAGUGGGGUCCAUAAGGAAGAGAUUCUACCAAACCCAUCAAGCAAUUGGGAAUUAUUACCAGAGCCAUGCCAAGAAGAUUGUGAAUGUUGCUUUCCACCCUUUAGCCUGAUCACACGGUCACAAGAGUUUCCUUAUCCGAGUGAACUUGGUUUUGGGACCCAAAUCGAAGAGAGCUUUCGGCAAAAAACCCGAGAGAGCUAAAGAGGACGUGUCUGUUUGUGAUCCAUUAUGUUAUAUUUCGAAGUGUGUAAAACUUGUGCUCCAAAGCCGCCAAAGUAAAUACAAGACUGUCUAUUACGUGCGUGCAUUAUCAAAAAAACAACUUGUCUAUAUCAUUCUCUGAAAACCCCAUGAAAGAUAGGUGGCUGGGGUUGGACUUGGAUUGGAUUUACCAGUUUCCUCUUUUUUGGAAGUGACUAGGGGGCAUGUCAGCAUGCUCUAAUUCAAUUUGUCCCAAUUUACGGACUGUAGAUGUAUUAUGUACUCUUUCAAAAGUGUUCUAGUUUACCCAGUUUCUGUAUAUAUUUUUAUGAACUUUACUCCUUCGUUUCUUCAAAA